UAUUUUAAUUAGAAUAUAACUGCAUAAUAAUAAGAGGCGUGGUUUAAUAAAUUUAAUUUUAACCUAGUUUCGUAAUAUUUUCACCUAAAAAGUCUUUACCGACGUUUCCUAUAAUAUUACCCCGGUUUUGUCCCUUCUUUUCUGACUUAUUUAUACUUAUUAUUUAUUUAUUUAUUAUUAUUUGCUCGUCACCAAUUAUUUGUGCAUAUUUCUCCGAUUAUUAUCUCCGCCUUCCCGCACUCGCCGACUCUCCUCCUGUAAGCGCUCUCUCUCUCAUCCCUUCUCUCUCUCCGCACACACACAUGAGCAUGCGCAGUUAAAAUAUUGGUGCAAUUGUUUCCCAGUUGUGGAUAACUCCAGGGUUUUGAUUGAUUUUAGGGAUUUAUACUGUUUCCAGAGGACCCAAAGGCCUCAUCGAGAACGAAAUCCAGAAAAAAAGAAAAAGAAAAAAGAAAAAAAAAAUCGAAUACCGGGGUAUCGCUCGAUGUACUUUUGGGUUUUCAAUUUUAGUUACAGCAUAGUUGUAUUGUAGAGCGAGAAAAAUAGAGGGAGAGGUUUAUCUAUUACUUGCUUGUAUCUUUCUAAUCCCUUGUAGCAUAUCUGGAAUUCAAUAAAAAGAUUGAGGAAUACUGUUUUUUAUUUUUAUUUUUUCAGUUGAUUGAUUGUUCGAUAAACUAAUCGUUGUUUAUGUUUUGAUGAGAGUUGAAUGUUAACUGUUAUUGGAAAUAAGAAAGAGAGAUUUCUGUUGUUAUUUUUCUUUAUUAUUUUCCUUUUGAUGUUUUGAGAGUGAGAAAAAAGAAAAAGAAAAGAGAAACAAACAUAAAAGCAAAGUGAAGGAACUGUGUUGAAUUGUUGAGAAGGGUAUAGUUAAUGGGUAGCCCUGGAUCAAGUGCUUUGGCUACUGCAACUCGUGUUGGAUUAUCCGAGCCCAUCUCGACUGGCGGCCCUUCAGAAUCUGAUGUUUCUAAGACUCGCGAGUUAGAAAAGUUUCUUGUAGAUGCGGGAUUGUAUGAAAGUCAUGAAGAAGCUAUCAAAAGAGAGGAAGUUCUUGGUAGAUUAGACCAGAUUGUCAAGACAUGGGUGAAGAAUAUUAGCCGUGUUAGAGGUUAUAAUGGGUCGGUGAUCCAAGAGGCGAAUGCAAAGAUUUUCACAUUUGGUUCAUACCGGCUUGGUGUACAUGGCCCUGGUGCUGAUAUUGAUACCUUGUGCGUUGGGCCAAAAUAUGCCACUCGAAACGAAGACUUCUUUGGUGAACUUUACAGAAUGCUGUCAGAGAUGCAUGAAGUACAAGAGCUGCAUCCUGUACCAGAUGCUCACGUACCGGUGAUGAGGUUCAAGUUCAAUGGUGUCUCUAUAGAUCUACUUUAUGCAAAUGUGUCCCUGUGGAUUAUUCCUGAGGAUUUGGAUAUUUCACAAGAAUCUAUUCUACAAAAUGUGGAUGACCAGACUGUUCGUAGUCUCAAUGGUUGUAGAGUGACGGAUCAAAUAUUGCGCCUGGUCCCAAAUAUUCAGAGUUUUCGUACUACGCUGCGAUGUAUGAGGCUGUGGGCGAAGCGGCGUGGGGUUUAUUCAAAUGUUACUGGUUUCCUUGGUGGUAUCAAUUGGGCAUUGCUUGUUGCCCGCAUCUGCCAGCUGUACCCAAAUGCUCUGCCAAGCAUGUUGGUAUCCCGCUUUUUUAGAGUAUACAAUUUGUGGCGGUGGCCAAAUCCUGUGAUGCUGUGUCCAAUUCAAGAAGGAUCUUUAGGACUUUCCUUCUGGGAUCCUAGAAGAAAUUAUAAGGACAGAUCACACCUGAUGCCCAUAAUAACUCCUGCAUAUCCCUGCAUGAACUCUAGCUACAAUGUCUCAACAAGCACAUUGCGAGUCAUGAUGGAAGAAUUUCAUAGGGGAAAUGAAAUAUGCGAGGAAAUAGAAGCAAACAAGCUCAGCUGGGAGAAUCUCUUUGAGCCUUUUGCUUUCUUUGAAGCGUACAAAAAUUAUCUGCAGAUAGACAUAGCAGCAGAGACCGAUGAUGACUUGAUGAAUUGGAAAGGUUGGGUUGAGUCCAGGAAACGUUUGCUUACCUUGAAGAUUGAAAGGGACACGAAUGGGGUACUUCAGUGCCAUCCUCACCCUGGGGAAUUUUCAGAUAAAUCUAAGCCAUUUCACCAUAGUUAUUUCAUGGGGUUGCGGAGGAAGCAAGGUGCUAACCCUCAAGAAGCUCAACAGUUUGAUAUAAGGAUGACGGUCGAGGACUUUAAGCGCGAUGUAUAUGCAUACUCAUUCUGGAAGCCGGCAAUGUGUAUUCAUGUGUGCCAUGUUAAACGGAAGGACCUGCCCAUCUUUGUCUUUCCCGGUGGAAUCCGGCCAUCUCCCCCCACAAGAAGCUCUGAGAGUCGUACAAUUCUGAAAUCACUUGCAUCCUACCCUGUUCAACCUGAUGCUGCUGUGAGCAGGAAGAGGAGGAGACUAGAUGAAGCCAACAGAGGAACUAGCUUGACAGAGACUUCAAGCACUGGUGCAUGCAUCAGUGAUGCAACUUCGUUUGAUCAAAGAAUUUUAGAGACACAGAUCGAACCCGAUUAUAGUGCUCCCAAAAGUGAAGAGGGAGUUGCUGAGAACCUAUCUCUACAUGCCCAGGGAAUUCCAGGACUUGAUCAAAGCGAACGUGCUGCUGGACCUUCAGCUUCUGCUGGUGCUUUCCCUGCUCCAUUGGCAAUAGAGAAACACGUCACUGAGCAGCCUUCUGCACAGAUUCCUCUCACUCACCAGGAUUCUUCUGAAGUAUUCGAUGGGCUCGAAGGUUUGUUGAAGAGCGAGACCCAGAACAUUGCUGAGCCAGAAGGAGUAAAACAAUCAGAGUUCUUCCCUGACGAGCAAGUUGUAGAAGUAGCAAGUGCAGGGAAUGGCGCCACCUCCAUUAUUCAACCCAAGGCUGACUUAGAGGAGCUAGAGCCUCUGGAACUGCCCGUUGCAACUGCAAUCGCGUCUGCAUCCGCAAAAGUGCCAGCUCAGAAGCCGCUCAUCAGGUUCAGUUUCACCUCUUUGCCUAAGGCAACCGGCAACAGCGCAUGAGUCCGUGCAAUCAUGAUUGAGCGCGAGGAAGGGAUUUUGGGACGACGAGAGAGAGGGAGAGUGCUACGACGGAGGUCUUCGUCUUAUAUAAUAAAAUAUCGACAACUUCUUCCUUUUUUUUUUGAGCUUGGUGAUGGCGGUAUGAUGUUGUAAAUUAUACAGUUUCAACUGUGUUGCGGAAUAUGCUACCUUAUAAAUGCUAAGAUGAAAUCGAAUAAUUUUCAAAAUUGACUAUUCUUUA